AUGGCUGCAUGCAUAUCAUCACUAGGUCGUGAUCAAUAUUAUUGUUCCAAGAAUAAGUUGGACGAAGUAGUCGAGUUGCCGCACAAGAGGUACUUGGACUUUUCUUAUGAAAUUAAUGAUCAACUUGAUAAUAUUCAUAACAACAACAACAAGAGACUCAAAUAUAUUUAUGAUGAUCGUCAAUAUUCGUUCAAGAAAGUAGAUGAUCUUUUCAAGAUCAACACGAGGCUCGAAUUUAGUGAUAACAUAUUACCUGCAUGCCUAAAGAUGGUGGCGGCAUCUAUAUACUUGCCCAAAGAAAAUCCAACGAAACUACUAGGUGAAGAUGCACACUUCAUCCAUGAAUUAUACCAAACAAUUGGUGUCGCUGAUGGCGUAGGUGGAUGGGCAAAAGAGGGAAUUGACGCUGGAAUGUACGCGAGAGAGCUUAUGAACAAUUCACUUAUCGCCACUGAUAUUGAACCCAAGGGUCACGUAAACCCUAAAAGAGUUCUUCAAGAAGCUUACAAAAAUACAAAUUCUGAAGGAUCAUCUACCGCCUGUAUUAUAACCCUAAACACGGCGAAAAGUACUAUAUUUGCCGCAAACGUUGGCGAUAGUGGAUUUUUCCUAAUUAGAAAGGGAAAGAUCAUAUACAAAUCGCCGAUGCAACAACGGGGGUUUAAUUGUCCGUACCAACUAGGGAAUAGCAAGGAUAGCCCAAGCGUUGCCCAAGAGAUGGAAUUAAACGUCGAGAAAGAUGAUAUUUUGAUUGUUGGAACGGACGGUAUGCUUGAUAACGUGAAUGAAAGUGAGAUUGAGGAAAUUGUUCACAGAGGGAUCGACGGAAAGUUGAAGGCAGAAGAGUUGGCUAGUCAAAUUGGAAACAUUGCUUUGUAUAAUUCAUUUGAUAGAUUUGCAGAUACACCAUUUGCCAGAGCAGUUGAGAGGGAAUGCCUUCGCCAAAUUCACAAAGGAGGAAAAAUUGAUGAUAUUACUGUUAUUGUUGCUUAUAUACAGUGA